UAUGACUGUGAGAUGGAUGAAAUGCUUUCUUUUUACGUGGAUCUGGUGAGAUCCAACACGCAACCAAUCCGGUAUUUGGUCUUUCCACCCAAAUAGGCAGAAGCUCUAACUGUGGUAAAUUUAUAGAGGAACUGGGAUUGGGACUGCCUUCUGCAGAAUGUUGAAGAUUGGGUGUAAAGGAACGAUCUCUGAUGUCAUGGUCAGGAGCAGCAGGGACACAGAAGGAGCUGGAUUUGGGGCGAGGGACCAUAGCAGACAGAUUGCUGGCAGGACCCUUACUGUCCUGGUCCAUUUUUCUACAAAAUCUUUGAGGUGCCUAGUUUGACGGUUGUCAAAAACGAUGGGCCGCAAGGAGGAGUGUGUUUGCUGGAAGAAACAGACCCUGAACAUCACCGACAGUUUCCAGUUAAUGGAACGGCUGGGGUCAGGGGCCUUUUCCGAAGUGUAUAUGGCAAAAGAAAGGGCAACUGACAAAAUGGUAGCUUUGAAAUGUGUUCAGAAAAAUGAUGUAAAUGACAUCUCAUUAGAAAAUGAAAUUGCCGUUUUGAGAAGGAUAAAGCAUGAAAACAUUGUAGCUCUGGAGGACAUCUAUGAAAGUCCCACUCACUUCUACCUAGUUAUGCAACUUGUGUUAGGAGGAGAACUUUUUGACAGGAUUCUAGAGCGUGGGGUUUACACAGAGAAAGAUGCCAGCAUUCUGAUUCAGCAGGUACUUGAUGCUGUGAAAUACCUGCAUGAGAAUGGAAUUGUACACCGAGACUUAAAGCCAGAAAACCUGCUGUACUACAGCCCUGAUGAAAACUCCAAGAUUAUGAUCAGUGACUUUGGUCUUUCAAAAAUGCUGGACAUGGGUGUGAUGUCAACAGCAUGUGGUACACCUGGCUAUGUGGCUCCUGAAGUUCUAGACCAAAAACCAUAUGACAAAGCCAUUGACUGCUGGUCUAUUGGAGUAAUUGCAUACAUUCUGUUAUGUGGUUACCCUCCUUUCUAUGAAGAGACUGAGACUAAACUAUUCGCACGGAUUUCAAAUGCUGAUUAUGAAUUUGACUCUCCAUUCUGGGAUGAUAUUUCUGAACUUGCAAAAUCUUUUGUCAGGCACUUGCUGGAAAAGGACCCAACAAAGCGCUUCACUUGUGAACAGGCUUUACGACACCCUUGGAUCACAGAGAACACUGCUCCACUCCAUGAUAUCUAUCAUAGUGUCAGUGUUCAGACCACAAAGAACUUCGCAAGAAGUAAUUGGAAGCGAUUAAUCAAUGCUGCAUUAAUAGUGAAUUACAUGAAGAAGACACAAUUAUCAUCAGGCCAGCAAUCACGGGAAUGCAGUUACAAUUGCUACCAGAGUGACUCCAAAUGGUCAUAUUUACAAAUUUCUAAGAAUCUAUCACAACAAAGUGUUACAGACCUUUCAACAAAGGAGUCAGCACCAUUGGUGACCAUCAAAGUUGCCAAUCAGAGCAUUUCAUCAAACUAUGUUGAAAAGGAGCAUCCUCACCAAUGGACUAGUGAGAGUGCAUUAGCUUGUGUGAUGUUAGAUGUGAAGAAAAGCAAUGGACUAACUAAACAGGAUAUGGCUGCAAGUUAUGCAGUAAAUAGAAAUGUGCAUGUUGGCACCAGUGAAGAAGGAAAGGAGACAGAGAUUUCCACUGCUGCAACCAAAACUCUUUCGUCAAGUAAAGCUCAAGACCAAUCAACUUCAUGUCCACAUGCAAACCCAAAGAAAUGGCCUAAAUUUGAACGGGGCAACAACACAAAGACUGGGGUGUGCUUGAUUAUGUAAUGUAUGUCAUUGGAAUGCACUAGACUACUGUCAUGCACCUGUGGAACAAAUGGAUACUCAAUCAUUUUUGGUUUUCAUGGAGAGAAAACAACUGCAAUCACUGCAAGGGAAGAUAUUUCACAGAAGUGAGAAAGGAGAUGUACAACAUGUUAUUUGGGUCCACCUUGUGACUGUUGCUCCUCAUU